AUGCUCCUUCUCCUUCGCCCGGACCACCUGUCGGUUGACGGUGACGAGAAAUGGAACACGCGGUUCGUUCGCGUUGCUAUCCCCUCUGGUGGUGCGGAACACAUCACCGCGUCGGAGGCGCUUGUAGAGUGCCGCUGGUGUAUCGAACCGCGGAGGCACUCGGGGGGGGGGUCGGUGGUCCACGCUGAUGACGAAGGGGCAGAGGACACCGCGGCUAAGGGUGCACCCCUCGUUGAGGCAGACCGCGAUGCAGAGCGUGAGGGGGAGGAGUCGAGCGAGGAGGAGGCGGAGGCUGGUGUGGUCGCGGCCGCGGCAGCAAGCAAGCCCACGACGUCCGGCAAGAGCAUCAGGCAUCUCGCGCAACACUUGGCCCCCGGUGCUGGAAGCGCGGGCCCGAGCGUGGGCAACGAGGAGCUCGCGUCCGCGCUUUCUAAUGCGAUUCGGGCCUUGGAGAAGGAGGGGAGGGCGAUCGCGCGGGAAAGGGCUGCUCUGGUCGACACGCGUAACCAGGAGGCGCUGGUGCUGGGGCGAGUGGACGCGAGGUUGGGACAGUUGCAGGGGGUGGUGGCAGACUCCAUGGAAACCGCUCAGAAGAAGCUGACGGACGAGGUUGUGCGGAAGAUCGACAACAUGUCGACCGCGAUCUCCACGACAGCAGAGCGGGCAAUCACAAACAGCGGGGUCACGAACGCGCUUCACACGCUCAUCGCGCUCGUUGGUGGAAGCCCGCCGCCGCGCACGGAUGUUGAAGAACCGGCCGCGACGGAGAUUGCCGAGCCCGGGGAUGCAGAGCAUGGAAAGCGGGCAGCGGGUGCGAAGGCGGAGAAUCAGCGGGGGGCGAAGAGGCAGAGAGGUCCCCAGGCAGCGGCCGCGGUGCGCAAUCCGAGCGUGCAGGACAUACUGAAGCAUAAGUGGGGCGCUGCAUCGCGAGGUGCAGCACCGCCUGGUCAACCGGGUUCGAGCUCGCGCUCCAUCCCACCUGCAGAAGCUGCACCCAAACCACCGGCCCCUGCCGGGGCAACCGCGACAAUGACAACUACUGUGGGUAAGGGCAAGGGUAAGGCGGAGGAUGGAGAGGCGCCGGCUGCUGCGGGUUCGCUGGCGACAAUGCCUUCUUCGCCCCAUCAUGAACGAGCCGAACCGGCCCUCGCCCUGAAUGGGGAAGAGAGCAAGGGAGCAGGGAGGAGGGCAGGGAGGAGAGAAGGGAGGAGAGAAGCAGCGACAUAUGCUGAUGGUGGCGGAGGAGGGGGGGCCUCCUUCUUCCGCCCCAUCAUGAAAGAACCGAACCGGCCCUCGCCCUGA